AUGGCAUAUUUCAACGUUCAUAGAGGACCUUGUCCCACUUUCCUUUCCAGCCUAAUGUACAAUUUGAUAGCAGGUGUAUCUUGCAAGCCUAGCAUAUCCGAUGUUACUGAUUAAGAGACUAGAGCACAGCUGAAAAUGCAAAGAACCUCGAGUGCAGACGAUAUAGCUUCACUGUUCAAAGUUACAUACAUUGACGAAAGAAGCAAUGCAAGGCUACAGGAAGACGUUACGGUUUAUGCAUGGGGACUAUUUUUACAGUCAAUUGAAGAACGUGAUGUUCCUGUUACCUUCGCCGAGUUGCUUACUUUUUCUACAGGGUGGGAUCAGAUUCCACCAUGUGGUUUUGCAAAAGAAAUAGAUAUUUUGUUUUACAAUCAAGAGUCAGACUCGACUCGACUGCCAUUCGUCUCAACCUGCGGAUUGCAAAUGUGGUUACCUAGAAAUGAAAAUCCGGAAUCAUUGUCCCGUCUGCUUUUGAGAGCAGUUAAGGAGUCAGCAGGAUUCCUGAAGGUGUAGAAAUUGUAUAAACAUCCAUAGGAGCAUGGAGUUGAGACCGUAUGUUCCCCGUCAUAUGCAGUUUUGCCUUUGUAUCGUGACCUAAGACUCCAAGAUUCUACCUAUAUCGUAUCUUUGAUAAAUGACCAUCAAAGUGCAUGUAGACUGAACAUCUAUAUUUCUGUCUACCGGCAUUUCAGUGGUAAUGUAAUAAAGUUGUCAUUUGAGCAAAAUAAUUUUGUCAAAAGCCGUACUGAGAAACGUGCGAUCUGGACUGCGAGCUCCUAUGAAAAGAACGGAAACUGAUUGGUAAAGCCUUGCUUGUACACUUAUGUAGUGUGUUUUAUACCUGUGACUGCUGCUUUGCAUUACAAAAAUAAUAACCUUGUGCCUAUGUAUAAAGGAAAAGAACAGAAGAGUUUUGGCGUGAAAACAGAUAAACUUGUUACAUGCGAGCGCGGCGUCACCCUUCAAAUGUAAAAGUGUA